GAGCUGAGCACUUAGUUGCCCGUUGGAUGGCGUAGCGUUCGCGUCACACUAAUACAAAAAUAUAAAAAGUUUUUCUGACCACUUAUUUGAUAACGUAAUAGCCCUGUGCAAGUGUUUUAAACUAUUAAAAAGGGUGAUAAAAAUUGUUUGGUCAGAAAAUGGCAGCAAAGAGUGGAAGUGGUACAGUCACAGCUCCCAAUGUGGGUGACGAGCAUGUUGCCGUGCAAAAGCUUCAGCCGGAGGCUAGGAUCUAUGAGCGCCUGAUGAGCUUGGGCGCCUUCUACAAGCAGCAAUACGGCGUUGAGCCAGAGUUUUAUGUGCGAGUACCAGGACGUGUUAAUAUUAUAGGUGAACACGUGGACUACUGCGGCUAUUCGGUCCUGCCCAUGGCUGUUGAGCAGAGCAUCAUUUUGGCUGUAGGCACAAACCCAGAGCUGGCACAUCUGGAACUACAUCAUCUGGAUGGGGGAAAAUUCCAAAGCUUUGAUUGCGAUCUAAAUGCCCUUGACAUCAAGCUGCCCAAGACAGGCGGUCCGGCCUGGUACAGCUACUUCUUGUGUGGCAUCAAGGGCAUACAGGAGGAGCUGGAAGAGAAGUGGCGUCCCAUUGGCAUGCGCAUUGCACUUAGCGGCAAUGUGCCCCUUGCUGCUGGCUUGUCCAGCUCUAGUGCAUUGGUUAGCGCAGCUGUGCUGGCCACUGGACACGUGCAGGGCAUGCAGCUGGAUCGCAAGCAGCUAGCCUCGAUUUCGGCAAACUGUGAGCAAUAUAUUGGCACACAUAGCGGCGGCAUGGAUCAAGCUAUUGCUUAUCUAGCGAAGGAGGGUUGCGCCCAGCAUAUUGAGUUCCAUCCAAAACUUAAGGGUACUCCCGUAACGCUGCCCGCUGGCAGUUGCUUUGUAGUGGCCAAUAGUCUCGUGCAGAAGCGGAAAGCAGCAUCUUCCGACUACAACGAACGCGUUGUCGAGUGCCGUCUAGCUACUCGUUGGCUGGCCAAGUCAAAGAAGCUGCCUAACUGGAAGGAUUACACUAGAUUCAUAGAUCUGGAGGAGGCCUGCAAUUUAGAUAAUGCUGCAUACGCACAACUGAUUCAACAGCAGUUGAAAAGAAUGCUUUAUACACGCGAGGACGUUUGCGAGGCGCUGGGCAUCACGGAACAGGAACUGGAAACGGAUUUUCUGACGCCCAGCACGCAGCACAUGCAGCAGUUCAAGCUGCGCCAACGCGCCUUGCAUGUUAUCCAGGAGUCCGGUCGAGUUGUCGAGUUCCGAAAAAUUUGUGAGCAGUUGCAGCGCCGCGCAAGCAAACAGGAUCUUGAGCAGCUGGGCAAGCUCAUGCAGCAGUCGCAUCAGAGCCUGCGCGAGCUCUAUGAGUGCUCUCAUCCGGACUUGGAGCGUCUCGUUGCCUUAUCUGUCAAACAAGGGGUCAGCGCACGUGUCACGGGUGCCGGCUGGGGCGGCUGCAUUGUGGCCAUGUGCGAUUCAGUAAAAGCAGCCGCUGAUUACGUUCAGGUGCUCAAGCGUGAUUACUAUGCUCAAUUGCCAGCACACCUCUUGGAGCGCUAUCAGCCCAAUGAUUUCAAUGAAGUUGUCUUUGCCACAUUUCCCAGCAAUGGCGCCGAACUAUUUGUACUAUAAUUAAUCGCAAUUGUAUAACCUGUAUAUAAUAUUAGAAAAUCCUUAGUAGUCUCACACAUAACAAAUUCGUACUUUGUAGUAUUCUCCUUUUACACAAUCAGCGUCAUGUUCAAGAUGUUCUAAGGAAACUUAUAAACAUUUUGCAGUACAAAACGAUACAAUUUCAACAAUUCAAAAAUAUUUAUAAUAUAUACUUAAUCGCAUAUAAAACCUUUUUGAAUUUCGCAUAUUUGUUUUGGCGGCAGACUUUACAUGAUCGUGUGUGGUUAAAAGACAACCAGAGAUAGUUAGGAGUUUAAAACAAGUUUCUACAUAUAUUAGUUAAGAAUGUAUGCUUUAUCCGACAAGUCUUUUAUUAUCAGGGGACUACUAAAAGAUUUCUUUAAGUUAUUCCAUAUUUAGGUCAAUGAGUACUUUAAUGCAGGCAGAUAUUGAUGACAAAUAAUAGCUGAAUUUUUUU